UCCCCGGCAGGGACGUUUCCCAACAUCACUCGGAACGCCAUUGUGAAUUGCGGGGAGAUGGUGACCUACGAUCUCAUCAAGGAAACCCUGCUGAAAUAUCACCUGAUGACAGACAAUUUCCCGUGCCACUUCGUUGCUGCGUUUGGUGCCGGUUUCUGCGCGACGGUGGUGGCGUCCCCGGUGGACGUGGUCAAAACGCGGUACAUGAACUCCAGUGCCGGACAGUACAAGAACGCCUUGAGCUGCAUGCUGACCAUGGUGGUGAAGGAAGGUCCAAAUGCUUUCUACAAAGGUUUCAUCCCUUCUUUCUUACGGCUGGGCUCCUGGAACGUGGUGAUGUUUGUGUCUUACGAGCAGCUGAAAAGGUUGAUGGUUUUGGCCCAGGUGUCUUGGGAAGCACCCUUCUGAAGUUCGCCGUCACCCCCAGCAGACCCGAUACGAUCCGGGCAAGAGAGCCAAAGAGAGAAGAGAAAAACUCAAAGGGAGGAUUUUAAACAGCGGGACUUCCUGCAAACCGAUUUUGCGGAAAGCAUACCUAUCAAUUAUAUUAAUUGCUACAAAUAUUAUGCCCUGUAAGGCAUGAAUAGAAUAGGAUAACAGAGUUGGACGGGACCUUGGAGAUCUUCUAGUCCAACCCCCUGCUUAGGCAGGAAAGCCUAAACCCCUUCAGACAAAGAGUUGUCCAAUCUCUUCUAAAAAUCUUCCAUGAGACUUAAGGCACUGCAAGAAGAAUUUUUUUAUGCCAUAAACAAGCCACAACUGGACAUUGAUCACACAUCCUUGUUUAGCAGAGCCACCCCGGAUGUGGAUCACAUAUCAUCUGAACUGAUUCCAAGAGCGAAGGAACCAAUGGAAAAGAGAACCUAUUUUCUGAAAUCCUACUAGGAAACGCUGCCAUAAACAUAAAUUAUAAUAAAUUACCUGGGAAACCAAGCGCUGCCUCCCCCAAGAGACUUUCGGGGAUAAAAUCAAAGCCCUCUGCCUUUUCUCUCAAUAAACUUUUCUAAAAAUUUCAAAUAUC